UGUGAUGUCUCAGAUGAAGGCUGUGCUGCUCUGACUUCAGCUCUGAGAUCAAACUCCUCACACCUGAGAGAACUGGAUCUGUCUAAUAAUAAACUCAGAGACUCAAGAGUGAAGCGUUUCUCUGCUGUACUGGAGAAUCCUCACUGUAAACUGGAGACACUGAGGUUGUGUGGUUGUGGUUUCUCAGAUGAAGGCUGUGCUGCUCUGACUUCAGCUCUGAGAUCAAACCCCUCACACCUGAGAGAACUGAAUCUGUCUUGGAAUAAACUCAGAGACUCAGGAGUGAAGUGUCUCUCUGCUGUACUGGAGAAUCCUCACUGUAAACUGGAGACACUGAGGUUGCGUAAUUGUGACGUCUCAGAUGAAGGCUGUCCUGCUCUGACUUCAGCUCUGAGAUCAAACUCCUCACACCUGAGAGAACUGGAUCUGUCUAAGAAUGAAAUCAGAGACUCAGGAGUGAAGUGUCUCUCUGCUGUACUGAAGAAUCCUCACUGUAAACUGGAGACACUGAGGUAAGAUCAUCUCUCUGAGAGUCACAUGACCUGUUCCUCAGUAAGACACAUUUAGCAUUUGCUACAUAAUUCUGGAUUGUACAUGACACAAAACAACCAUGUCUUUUUGUG